UUUUCGCUCAGUCAUUUUACGUACCGCAAGCUGCAGAUAAUGCAGAAACAUGUUUUUGCAGCCAUCUUUGUCACUUUUGUGGCAGACGUGGAGCUUCCAGUACGUAUUUUACCGUCAAUUUAUGUGAGUUCCUACAGUAUCAAGGAGUUUUUAAACACUGAUGAACGUAUAUGGACGCACACAACCAGCAAGGUAGCACAGAUCCGCUGCAAGGUCGACCAAAAGUGGCUUAUGCAACCGUUUCUCAUUGUUUUCAACAGAUCUUUGUUCAUCAGCGGUCAUAGGACAACCCAUCAGCUACAGGGACAGUUUGAUGGAGAGCAUACAGAUCGCAUGACUGUCAGCCCCGCAGGUGCAGCACAAGCCAUUUCCAUCGAAAGCCUGAAGUAUAGGGCUGACGAUUCUUCCUGUGGUGUAAUUCUGGUUCAGUCGUUAGCUGGGGGUGGAACGACACAUUAUGACCUGAGAGUGAAAAAUUCUUUUAUGCAAGGCGGCCCUCCCCAAGCCUGCAAAAUGAAGUUCUAUGAGCUCGCGCAUCAAGGAACAGUUAUCUACUGUUCAGAUUGUCCGAAUCUUCUUAGGCCAGGUAAAUAAAUGUACAACCGCUUUCGUUCGAUUGAACGUCUACAAGGUAACUUAAAACAAAGAAUAAUGAACUUUUUUUUAGUUCGAAGCCAAUAAAACCAAAGAGUUCGAGGCCAAUAAAGAAAAGAA